AUGUCUGCUACCCUGGAGGAUACUGAAAACGUGUUUGACCUUAACGAGGCCAUCCCAGAGACAGAGCUAUUGGACAACAGCAUCCAGAAGGGGCGUGCCCAGCUGUCUGUCAAGUCGAGAAGGCACCGCCCUUCCCGGUCCCGUUACCGUGAUAGUGUCAGUUCUACUGAGGGAGAUGACAGUUUGGAGAGAAAGUACCAAGACAAUCCAAUAAACUCAGCCCGUUCCCCGCUCCAUAUGACCACACGAGGUUCGUCCCCUUCUCCUGAUCCACUGCUCCCUUCAAGAAGUCCCGCCUUCUCGUUUGAUGCCUCCUUGGUGCGUCGCACGCUGGAUGAUGGAGGCACAUCGCUGGCUCCUCCUCCACGGGGGCGAUACCGCCAGCUUACCAAUACCACGUCACAGGAGGCCUUGGUCACACCUGCAAGCUCCCCUUCUAAGUCCUGUGGCUCCUCAGAAUGUUCCCCUGUUUACAUGAGGAGGAACAGGAGGCCUGAUAGUGAGGUGUUGGUUUCAGAUAACAGCCGUGACACCAGCCCAGCUGAUCCCGGCAGUCCCCCCGUCAUCUUUGACAAGAAGACCAAAAGACGUUUCUUAGACCUGGGGGUGACUCUAAGGCGUUCCUACGUCAGGGUCAGGAAGGACAAAUCCAACAGACUCUCUAUGGGUAGCAGGGAGCCGUCUGAGAGCCCUUCACGCUCCUCAGGCUCCUUUGUUCCAUUCUCCUGGUUCACCGAAGGCCGAGGCUCCGUCUCCUCCUCAGGGACUAACUCUUGCUCCCCCAAAGCACCCCCACUGGGCUCCACCAGUCCCCGCAAGUCCCAUUCCCAGGAGUCGGCAUUAAGUGAGGAGUUCUCCCCGAGGAGCCCCCCACACACCACCUCAUCUAUCUCCCCUGCGGCUGACUCCUCCUCACGCUCCUCACACCCCUACCACACACUGUCGCAGUCCUCCGAUGAGCCCUUCGAUGAACCGAUGUGUCUGGUGUCAUCUUGGACGACCCAGCAGGUCUGCCAGUGGCUGCGGGGUCUUAACAUGGAGCAGUACGUUCCUGAGUUCAGCGCCAGAGACAUCGAUGGACAGCAGCUACUGCAGAUGGAUGGCAGCAAGCUCAAGGGACUCGGGGUGGUCAACUCCUCAGACCGCGGCGCCCUGAAGCGUCGAAUUAAGGAUAUCCAUGCGGCGGCAGAGAAGGAACGCAAGGCCCUGGAUAAACUGGAGAAGCAAAAAGAGAAACAGCGCAGGAAAGACCAGGAACAGCGUAGGAACUAGGAGUCACCACUAGAGGGAGGCAAAGUACACUGAACAAAACAAGGACAAAACUCAAGCUAUAAAGACGCUGGAUAGAUGGA